GCUGGGUAGUGUUUUUGGCAAUUUUAUGGCAAAUAUGAAACUAAAAAUAAUUUUCUGAAUAAAUUAGGAGGCCGCCACCGUCGCGGCUUUUCGAAUCCCAAACUCUCGUUGCUGGGGUGUUUCGAAUCAGACCUGUGGAAUAUUCUACAGCACUUUUUACUGGGCGUGUACGGUCGAAUUCAUCGAGAAUCGAAAUCGUGUCAGGGAAAAAGAAAACAUAACCACAUAAAAUUUUUCAGAAGUGCAUAUUUUUCAGGUGUUUUUAACUAAAAAACCAUGAUAUUUAGACAAGUUUUCGGUAAAAAUCUAAUAAGAAUAAAUCAUAUGAGACAAACUACCGGGAGAUUCUUUUCCAAAGACUCCUCUAGAGAUAGUUCAUCGUCAGAUUCCGAUGAUGAUACCCAAAGACCACAAAUUAAAAAACAACUGAGUUCGAAUUCACGUCUAAAUGAACUCUUAGCCAGUAUGAAAACAGUUGAUAAGACACUUGGAGAAUCUCUGGAUGUCACCCCAAAAAGUCUCAAAAAACGCCAAGAAGACCGUAACGCACCUUCAAAUAAGAAAAUUGAAGACGCUCAAAGUCUCGAGCGAGUUACGAAGGAUGUGGCAGAAGUCUUUGGAGGAAAUACACAUCAGACAGAAUCAGAUUUAUUGAAGAAACUCUUGGAUAUUUCCAAUCAAGCUACAGAGGCAAAAGUUCGUGCAGAGGGUGGAGAAAAUUCAUCAAAAUUAAUUGACAUCAUUGUUGGCAUGAAGAUUGAGAGAACGAAGAAAAGUGACACGAUACCCAGUAAAGGUGGUAAGAUUGCCAGGAGGGAAGAUGCUACUAGUAGAAUAGAUAACAUGGAAAGGAGUUCUCGCGAAAGAGUUCUGAAAGCCAAAUCUUUUGAUCAACAAAAGUUUGAUAGAGUCAAUUUGUGGAGUGGCCAGGCUCUAAACCUUUUCCCUAAUGGACUCAAAGAAUCCAGUGAUCCUUUGAAAGUCUGGAAUAUACUACAAAAUCGCGAACUACAGGCAACUUUUGAGACAGCACCUCGAAACUAUUUUGAAAAAAUGCAACGAUGGACAGUCGAAGGUAAGAUCUGGCGCUUCCCAAUAGACAACGAACAAGGUCUAGAGGAGGAGGCAAAGGUUUACUUUGCAGACCAUGUCUUUCUCGAGCCUCACAUUGAGCCUUGGUGCCCUAAAACGGGUCCAGUGAGACAUUUCAUGGAGCUCGUGUGUGUGGGAUUAUCUAAAAAUCCUUACAUCACUGUUCGCGAGAAACAGGAGCAUAUUGAGUGGUUCAGGAAUUAUUUUGAAAAUAAGAAAGAACUCCUUCAGGAGAUUAUUGUCCAAGAUGUUGGACCACGUCCGGGCACAAGUGAAAGCAAAGCAAAUAAAUAAAGAUCAAUGUCCUUUAGUAGAAUUGAAUAAUAAAGUGAUUGUUAGAAUUAUUGUGGAA